GUGCUGUGUAUGAAAGUGACUCCACAAAUAAAUGCAGAGAAAUGGAAAACCAAAACCAUGAAUCAUCCCCGAGUCGACCAAAUCAACAAGUCAGCUCACUGUCUCACGAACUACCAUCAACCUCUUCAGCUGAACAAACCCAGAAACGGAAUCGCCAAGAAUCACAGCAGCACGAAAGCCACGACGUGUCACCUCAAUCCCCAAAACGCUCGAGAAACGCCAACCUUCCUCCACCGUCGUUUCCACUAGAAAUCAUUGUCGAGAUCCUCUCAAAUUUGCCCGUCAAAUCCCUCCUCCGUUUCAGGUGUGUUUCCAAAUCCUGGAAAACUCUCAUAUCCGAUCCUUUCUUCAUCAAAAAGCACCUCAAAAGCGACCCCAAGUUCUCUAAAAAACAAGUUUUAAUCAACACCGCAACCACCCAAACCCCAACCCGAUAUAGCAUCAAGUCAUGCUUUCUUAACUCUAUUUUCAAUGACCCAAUUGUCACUGCCAUGGAAAUCGAUUACCCAUUGAAGAACGGUUCUCGUUGUGAUUGGGUUGUGGGUUCAUGUAACGGCUUAAUUUGCGUUGCUAUUAGACAAGAUACAGUCAUUUUAUUGAACCCGGCUUUAAGGGUUUCCAAAAAGUUGACUGAUUUAGGGUUUAAGAAAAGGAGGGGUUGCUAUACUGUUUAUGGGUUUGGUUUUGAUGCUUCCCUGGAUGAUUAUAAGGUUGUUAGGGUAUUUUGUUAUCAAAGUAAGGGUUUUGGAGAUGCUUAUGAGAGUAUAGUUAGGGUUUAUUCAUUGAGGACUAAUAGUUGGAGAAGGAUUCAAGAUUUUCCAUUUGGGGUUCCUUGUAAUGAAUCUGCGAAACAUGUUGAUGGGAAUUUGAAUUGGGUUGUUUUUCAUGGACAAGAGGGCUUUUCGUGUACUAUUGUCUCCCUUGAUUUGGCUCAGGAGACGUAUAAGGAAGUUCCGCAACCGUGGUAUGGCGAUGGAGCCAGUGAGAGGACAUUAGGGGUAUUGGAUGGAUGUCUUUGUGUGCUUUGUAACUAUGGGAGAUUGUAUGCUGUGGCUUGGGUUAUGAAAGAGUAUGGAACGAGAGAGUCUUGGACUAAGCUGAUUACUAUUCCGUACCUGCCGUAUCCGGGAGCCGAAUUCUAUUCUGCACCUUUGUUUGUAUCAGAAACUGGUCUGAUUUUGUUUCAUUUUGGGAUGAAUUUAGUUCUAUAUGAUUCCAAGGAGAAUGCGUUUAGGAUCCCUGUGAUUCCUUAUGAUGCUGUUUCGUAUAUCGAUCAAGCAGAAGUCUACGAAGAGAGCCUGGUUUCGCUGACUGUAGUCAAUCAAUAUAAUUGAAUGGCGUUAAUAGCUAUCAUUAACAAAGAGAAAGCUUCGAGGUAGCAGACAGCCAGACUCUGUAUGUUCUGAAUUCAUGUAUAAACAUGCUAAAUUAGAUGUAAGAUUAUAUGGUA